AUGAAGCAAAUCCUAUCUACCUCAGCGCUACACCUCAGUAUUACCCGCUCGGAACAGAGGAAUUUCUACCAUCAACAUGCCACCCAACUACAAUCCGAAGCUGCGGCAGGAUACAACUCGAUCCUGGAGAAGCUGGACGAAUCAAAUAUAGUAGCAGCCUUUUUAAUGUCGUCCCUCCUUGGCUUGCACGUCUUCUGUGACACUUUCCUCUUCCGCGAUGCUGACUUCAGUCAUACCUUAGAUGCCUUGCUAGGAUGCAUGAGCCUUCUCCGAGGUGUACGUGUGGUCAUUGGCAAUUGGUGGACGUACUUGCUGUCUUCGGAACUGGACGUCAUUCUCAUGGAUGCAACUUCGAAGCAUCAGAGAGGCAUUGACAACACUUUCCGAAAUGAAGACCUUGAACGACUGGUCAGUGGUGCUGAUAUCAGCGACGCCUCCCGCAAAAUCUAUCGCGAAACCAUCGACGAACUUGGCCAUCUGUUCGCCAUGGAAGCUGGGCUCCCGGAACCCGAAGUAGGCCAAUCUGCAAAUAUGAUAUUUGCCUGGCUUGUGGUAGCGCCACAGGAAUAUGCGGAAUUGCUUUCAGCUCGGCGACCAGAAGCCCUUAUCAUCUUGUCCUAUUAUGCUGUUGUCCUACAUCACCGCAGAUCAUUUUGGGCUGUAGGAGAUGCUGGCAAAUAUUUGAUAGAUGCUAUCGGAACUCAUCUCGGCAGACACUGGGAUGCUUGGCUUGCGUGGCCUCGGUCGAUGGCGGCCAGUUGA